GCUACCGUGUAAUAAAUGCUAGCAAACUCACACCAUACUCCGUCUUCUUCUAUAAAGCCAGAGAGAAACGAAGAGGAAUUUUCUGCGGCAAGAACAGGAGCGGAAGAAGAAGAGAAGAUGGAGCAGAAGAAGAAGAGAAGAGACUCUCAAUUUCUCAUUUGGGUCCUCUUAAUUUUCUCCAUUAUAGAUUUAAUCGUCUGCAUCGACGACAAAUGCACAGCUUGCAAUGCGGUUGCGGAGGAGAUAGAGAUUGGACUUUCUAAUGAGAAACCAAGAAACCAUUUGGAUAUGCGACAUCGCUUGGAUUCGAAAGGGCAACGUGAAGGGAAAGUAAUUGAUUACAGAGUCAGUGAGCUGAGAGUUGUUGAACUCUUGGAUGGUCUCUGUGAAAAGAUGCAGGAUUACACUCUCGAGAAGUUAGAUUCAGGCAAACAAGAAUGGGUUAAAGUCGAUGACUGGAAUAGUCUUAAUACUGAUAAACGAGAAGCUCGGGCACAUGCAAAAGAGAUGUCAUCUUAUUGUGGAAGGUUGCUGGAGGAUACAGAAGAUGAUUUGGCUGAACUGAUAAAGAAAGGAUCCGUUAGAACAGGAGAUGUGAGCAAGGUUCUAUGUCAAGAUCUCAGCAAGCAUUGCCGCCCAACAAGUGCUUAUUCUGAUAUGGUUGAUGAUAUAUCAUAUGGAGAACUCUGAAGAAAAAGCUGAAAAUCUGCGACUCUACCCAACAGGAAGAGUUCGUGAUUGCGUCUUUUUUCUUUUCUUCUAUACAGGUAACCAAUUUUUUUAAACCUUAGAGCUCCUUUGUAUUAUUAUACAUUAAUAUCGGCUUUGAAUAUUUUCAAGCAAUGUGCACUAUAACUAUCUUAGAUAUGUUUAUCAAAAUGUUGAAUUCUGAGGUCUUUCAGGAUGUUGUGUUUAGGGCCACUUAUUAUUGCGGUAUCAUGACCGCCCAUUAAUGUUCUAAACAUUAAAAUAAUGACUAAACAUAAGAAUAUUUACUA